AUUCAGGAAGUUGUCUCUGGGAAAACCUGUGUAGUCUUCCUGACAGCGGAGACUCCCUGUAGACGAAGUCUGCUAGGUUACUUGUUAGCUUGUAGUUAUAUCAAAGAAUACAAAACUGUUUUAAUUGAAAAGGAAACGGGAACCAUGGAGGUCGACUCAGUCUUCUACACUGAUCGUAGUGGACGAGUCACCAGUAACCUACUGUUGGACCAGCUCCCCAGCUACCAGUCUCUGCUGUACCGCAGGAAGUCGUCGUCGGCGGGAGGCUCAAAGCGAAGAGGCAGCUCUAGAACACGACUUGGCUCCUCUGGCAGCGGGAAAUGGGGCAUCAACACAUUCAAAAGACGGGAGGAGAAACUGAAGAGUCCGACAGAGCAGAGACCCAUCCGGGAACUGGCCAAGACCAUGGCUGAGAAACGUAGACACAACACACAGCGCUUAGAGGAGGCCAGAGAGCUCAGCAGCUGGAGCCACAUGAGGCAAAGCACCCGCAGGCAUCUGAGGAAGCUGAAAGAUGACGUUGCAGAAUGGCUGAACUCACUGAAACUUUGGAGAGGAGACAUUCACCUGAUAGAGGGGAUGUUUGGCACAGGGAUCCUGUCUUACUUCUCCUUCCUGCGCUUCCUGGUGAUGCUCAACUUGGUCAUCUUUCUGCUCAUGUUCAGCUUUGUCAUGCUCCCCAUCAUCAUCGCCCCCAGUGCUUCAGGGAAUAUCACCUACAACAUACACGAUGGAAGUGAGUGCAGUGUUUAUCCAAGCAGUGCUCGUCGAGGUCUGGUCAUCUUCCAUGAGCACAUCACAGAUCUGCUGUCUGGUGGAGGCUUUCUGGAGCAGACUUAUCUUUUCUACGGCUACUACAGGGCAGACAAAAUACACUUUCCAAAUAUCACUUACAAUUUGCCCCUGGCCUACCUGCUGGCCACUCUAGCCUACCUGUUCCUCAGCCUCAUAUGGAUCGUUAAAAGGUCUGCCACAGGGUUCAAACAGAACCUGGUUCAGGAUGAGGAUCGCUUUCAGAGCUUUUGCAACAAGAUUUUCGCUGGCUGGGAUUUCUGCAUCACCAAUCCGAAUGCUUCGAGGCUGAAGAGAAGCAGUUUACUCUAUGAGCUCAAGACGGAUUUGGAGGAGGAGAGGAUCAAACAGAAAAUAGCAGAUCGAACCCGCAAAGACAAGUGCCGGAUUUACGUCAUCCGUCUCAUCCUCAACCUCUUCGUCAUCGCUGUUCUGGCUGGUUGUUUUUACAGCAUUUAUGUGGCCACCAUUUUCUCUCAGGAGGCACAGAUGAACAAUAUAAAGGUGAAUUUCAUAGUGGAUCUCAUCUACGAGUAUCUUCCUUCUAUUGUUAUCACCUUGGCCAACUUCAUCACCCCGCUCCUGUUCUCCAUCAUCAUCAAUUAUGAGGAUUACUCACCUGCCUUUGAGAUCCGCUUCACUCUCAUGAGGUGUGUCUUCAUGAGGUUGACCAGUAUUGGAGUGUUGCUCUUCUCUCUCUGGUCUCAGAUCACUAAGUGUGAAGAGGAGCCCUGCAGCUGUGGCUAUAACCAUGUGCUUUACUCUUGCUGGGAGACCCGUGUGGGACAGGAGAUGUACAAACUCACCAUCUUUGACUUCAUCAUCAUCGUUGCAGUCACUGUAUUUGUAGAGUUCCCCAGAAAGCUGAUCGUCAAGCAUUGUGAUUGUGGCCUGGCCCAGUGGUGGGGCCAACAGGAGUUCGCUAUUCCUCAGAACGUGUUAGAGAUCGUCUACGGUCAGACCAUCUGCUGGAUCGGCACGUUCUACAGCCCCAUGCUCCCGGCUAUCUGCACUAUAAAAUACUUCUUUAUCUUCUACAUCAAAAAGGUCUCUUUGAUUAACAACUGCCGUCCAGCCAGUCGUCCGUUCCGAGCGUCCAGCUCCAACUUCUUCUUCCUGGGCGUGCUGCUGAUCGGCCUGGCUCUGGCCUGUCUGCCUGUCACUGUCAGUGUAGCUCAAAUAAACUGCUCCCAGGCCUGUGGACCGUUUGUUCAUUACAACACCUCAUGGGAGGUUUUGCCAGCAACAGUAUCCCAGCUACCUGAUGGUGCUAGGACCCUCCUCUUUGCUCUCUCAUCAGAGGCCUUUGCUGUCUCCUUCUUUGUUGUAACAUGCUUGGCCAUGUUUUAUGUGAUUGCAUUGGCUGGAGCUCACAAGAGAGUUAUUAACCAGCUAAGGGAGCAGCUAGCCAUGGAGGGACGUGACAAACGUUUUCUGAUCCAAAAGCUGUGCCAGGCCCAGAGGGUCUCGGCUAUCAGAUCCCCGGUGUCUAAAUCGCAGCCUCGCAGCCCCAGCUACCACACCAGCUUCUCCAACAAUUUCGACGAAGGUGUUUUCCUGGCACACUCACCUCCUGACUCCUCCACGCACCAGCUCAGGUGGUGCGGAACUGGAGGCGGCGUGCUGUUGCUCGGCUCAACGGGAGAUACACAUACAGCCAAAAUGUUGAGAAUUACGAUUCGAGCAGACAUUGGAGCCAUUUGGAUUUUGUUCUGUAUCACCUAUUCUCAGUUCUUGACAGUAUCUUCGGAUGAUAUAGUGGUGGCAUGCGGAGGAUUUGUGAAAUCUGACGUUGAAAUCAAUUACUCCCUGAUCGAGAUUAAAUUGUACACCAAACAAGGGUCCCUGAAAUACCAAACGGAUUGUGCUCCAAUCAAUGGGUACUUCAUGAUCCCUCUCUAUGAUAAGGGAGACUUUGUUUUAAAGAUUGAGCCUCCUCUUGGAUGGAGCUUUGAGCCAACCAGUGUUGACCUCCAUGUGGAUGGAGUUAGUGAUAUCUGCACUAAAGAAGAAGACAUCAACUUUGUUUUCACUGGCUUUUCAGUCUCAGGAACUGUUCUGAGUAAAGGCCAUCUCCUCGGCCCAGCUGGAGUAGAAGUCAGACUGAGCCGAGUAGGAACAGAGGAGAAACUCCAGAGUGUCGUCACUCAGCCGGGGGGAAAGUAUACCUUUUUGAAAGUACUCCCUGGAAACUAUGACAUCACUGCAGCCCAUCCUUCCUGGACUCUUGAGCAGAGCGCUACCGCCGUGCAUGUUUCUAAUGCCAAUGCCCCGGCUGCCGACCAUCUGGUAGUUGGAGGCUAUGACGUCUCAGGGGAGGUCCGCAGUGAUGGAGAGCCAAUGAAAGGGGUCACCUUCCUGUUGUACUCAGCUACAGUCAAAAAAGAGGAUGUCAGCGGUUGUAACUUGUCCCCAGUAGACGGAGCUGAUUCUGGUGACAGCUCUCUGGUCUACCUCUGCAGCGCUCUCUCCAGGGACGAUGGAACCUUCAUCUUCCCCUCGCUAGCCAGCGGCGAGUACACAGUGGUGCCGUUCUACAGGGGAGAAAGGAUCACAUUCGACGUCGCUCCCUCAAGGAUGAAUUUCAAGGUGGAACACAACAGUUUGAAACUAGAGCCGAUCUUCCGAGUCAUGGGCUUCUCUGUGACGGGCCGCGUUCUCAACAGUGUCGGUGGGGAAGGUGUCCCUGAUGCCUCAGUGUCCCUCAACAACCAGAUCAAAGUCAUCAGCAAGGAGGAUGGUUCUUUCCGGUUGGAGAACAUGACAGCUGGUACGUACACUAUCCGUGUCAGCAAAGAGCUCAUGUUCUUCGAGCCAAUCACAGUGAAGAUUGCCCCCAACACGCCACAGCUUCCUGACAUCAUCACAGCAGGGUUCAGUGUGUGUGGCCAGAUCUCCAUCAGCCGCCUGCCUGAGGGUAUGAAACAACAGGGCCGCUACAAGGUCACUCUGACACACCGGGAACAAGACAAGACCUCCAGCAAGACCAUCGACUCUGACCCACAGGGGGCCUUCUGCUUUCAGGCCAAACCUGGAGACUACAGCGUCCAAGUGUUGCUCCCUGACAUGGAGGUCAAAGCAGGCCUAGCUCUGCAGCCUCAGGCUCUCGAAGUCUCCCUUGUGGACCGGCCCCUCACAGAUCUACUGUUCACCCAGUUCAUGGCUUCUGUCUCUGGAAAGGUCUACUGUUUGGCCUCCUGCGAUGACCUGUCAGUGACCCUUCAGCCGGUGAGUCGGCAGGGCGAGAGAAGGUCGGUGGCUCUCUCUGGCAGUGGCGACACCCUUAGCUUCUCCUUUGAUGAUGUUUUACCAGGAAAAUACAAAGUGAGUAUUUCUCAUGAGGAGUGGUGCUGGAAACAUAAAUCCAUGGAAGUGGAGGUUCUGGACUCUGACGUCUUGGGGGUGGAGUUCAGACAGAUUGGCUACAUCCUCCGCUGCUCCCUCUCCCAUGCCAUCACUUUGGAGUUCUUCCAAGAUGGCAGCAAACCCGAGAACGUCGGCGUGUACAACCUCUCCAAGGGAGUCAACCGCUUCUGUCUCUCCAAGCCUGGUGUUUACAAAGUCACCCCUCGCUCCUGCCACCAGUUCGAGCAGGAUUUCUACACCUACGAUACCUCAGCCCCCAGCAUCCUCACCCUCACCGCAGUGCGCCAUCACAUGACCGGACUCAUCACCACAGACAAGCUCCUGGAUGUCACAGUUACCAUCAAAUCAUCAAUUGAGAGCGAGCCGGCGCUGGUGCUGGGUCCCCUGCGGAGCCUGGAGGAGCAGAGGCUGGAGCAGCAGCUGAUGGAAAUUCAGCUGCGACGUCAGGAACGGGAGCGCCGUGCUGCCGAAGAGGACGGAGGCGUCAGGGACGAUAGCCCUCCUAUCCAAGAGAAGGCUGACGAACUGACAGGACCCUUCCACUACGAGUUCUCCUACUGGGCCAGGGCUGGAGAGAAGAUCACAGUGACACCCUCCUCCAAAGAACUGCUGUUUUACCCUCCUGAGGUGGAGGCUACUAUCACUGGAGAGUCGUGUCCGGGCCGUCUGGUGGACAUCGCAGGGCGUGCAGGUCUCUUCCUGGAGGGUAAAGUGUCUCCAGAGUUACAGGGUGUGGAGAUCUCCAUCAGUGAGAAAGGAGCUGCUGCACCGCUCAUCACUGUGGCAACUAAUGAGAUGGGAGCAUACAGCGUGGGUCCACUCCACAGCGACCGUGAGUACGACAUCAGCGCCAGUAAAGAAGGUUUCGUCCUGAGUCCUGUGGAGGGAACGCAGGGAGAUUUCAAAGCCUUCGCUCUGGCUGGCGUCACCUUCAAGAUUAAAUCUGAGGAGGGUCACCCGCUAUCAGGUGUCCUUCUGUCUCUGAGUGGAGGACAGUUCCGCUCCAACCUGUUGACCCAGGACACCGGCCUGCUCACCUUCAAUAACCUGAGCCCUGGUCAAUACUACUUCAAACCAAUGAUGAAGGAGUUCCGCUUCGAGCCGACGUCUCAGAUGAUCAAGGUGGAGGAGGGUCAAAACCUCAACAUCGAUAUAACUGGCAUUAAGACUGCUUACAGCUGCUACGGAGCAGUGCAGAGUCUGAGUGGGGAUGCAGAGAGGGACGUAGCUGUGGAGGCGGUGGGACAGGGAGAGUGUAGUCUCUACAGCGAGGACACGGUCACUGAUGAGGAGGGUCGCUUUAGACUCAGGGGUCUGCUGCCUAAUUGUAAAUACCUGAUUCAGCUGCGAGCAGAAGGCAACGACCACAUAGAGAGGGCCUUACCGUCACACAGAGCGAUAGAGGUCGGCAGCAACGACAUCGAAGGGGUCAACAUCAUCGCCUUCAGGCAAAUCAAUCAGUUUGACCUCAGCGGAAACGUCCACACGUCCCCCGAACAUCUCCCAACACUAUCAGUGAAGCUUUAUAAGAUCGACAAUCUGGACAACCCAAUCAACAGCGUCUCUCUGGGACAGUCCCUCUUCUUCCACUUCCCUCCUCUGGACAGAGACGGAGAGGGCUAUGUGCUGAUGCUGUACUCCACACUGUCCCGCUCCCAGUACGACUUCACCCUACCUCAGGUCUCCUUCACCUCCAACGGCUACCACAAACACAUCACCCUCACCUUCAACCCGACUCGUAAAGUGCCUGACCAGGAUAUCGCCCAGGGCUCCUACAUAGCUCUGCCGCUGACUCUGCUGCUCCUGUUAGCAGCAUACAACCAUGAGAAGGUAAUCCCCCUCCUGUUACAGGUUGUGAAUCGUAUUCAGGGAGUGAGGAGCAUGGCCCAGACCAGUGGGGACAGUGCUGCUCUGGAUGAAGCCAAACGCCAGGCCAAGAGACAGAAGGCCAGGCGUAUAUGAGGACACAUCGGCGGCUCACCUCAGACCACAUCUUAUUUCACUCAAUAGAACACUUGCACCACUCGCAGGUAGAUACCAUGGCUGCGUCAAAUGCAGGUGAACUAUUGAGCUCGCUAAGAUGUGACGUGGCUCAAAGAAGAGCCCAACAUGAACCACUCAGCUUUCAUCACUACCACCUCAUCAGCCAAUCAGAUUCACUGGACUGACACCUGACAUUUUGAAGGUUGUUUUCAUCUGUUUUGUCAGAUUUUAUUUUUUAUUUUUGCAGAUGACUCAUGAUCAAAAAAAAAAAAAAAUGUUGAUGUUUGUGACAGAAAUGCCAUUUUGUACCUUUGUAAUUUAUCUAGGUCGACUUGAAUCUUUUGCUUGGGAUGUGAAAGCUCAUGAACGCUUUCGAGAAUAGUCCGACAUGUUUCCAGACCAUCAGGCACCUCAGAUUUUAACCCUGUAUGUCCCAACCAGCAUCACGAUUACACAGUUGACAAAGGAAAUUUUUAUUUGCAGAAACUAUAUGAUAGGAUUUAAUAAAGAAAGAAAACAGUCUUAACUUAAGGAUACUUUAUAAAAAUGUGUUGUUUGGAAAGAUACAUGUGGGGAAUAAAGAGGCUCAAAUGGACGUUUAUCUCUGAGAACCAUCCUCAUGAGAAGUUUGUGAAUAUGAACAAAAGAUCAAAUGACUCGGAUGGAAGAAAAGAUCUGCUUUUUGAUCAAUCUGAGAACAGAUUCAAAGCUGUGUGUGUGUGGGGGGGGGGGAUUUCACUGUUAAAAUCUGCACACAUUAAUCUGUAAUCUCUACUCUGAAUUUGGACUCAGAAGUUCCCAAAGCACUCCUCUUUUAAGGGUUACUGUGUAACCUUCUAAUAGAUCCACACAUUUUGUUUAGUCUCCUCUUACAGCAAAUCUUUUCUUCAUAUCCACAACACUUCUCCAUUUGGUAAAAACAAGCCUGGAUUUGUUAGACUAAAUGUUCAAAGCCACAGAUCUUUUUGACCUCAUUAUAUUUGAUAUUAAACAAAAUCAGCACAAACUGACCCGAGUGCUCGAGUGCCAUCACAUGAAGAGGUUCAUCCUGUAACUGUUCACUCUGAUUUAAAAACAGCCAAAGAUGUUGACGAGCUUAGAAAUGCUUCUUUCCAUUUGCAGCCAAUGGGAAACAGUUAAGUGUAAAACACCAACGAGUCUCUGUAACGCGCUCCUCUUCAGGUGGUGUUUUCAAAGCUGUUCAGUGUGAUGCAAGAUUGACUUGAUGUCAGCUCAGGAAAGUGAUGUUUGAGGGGUUGCUGAAAAGUACUGUGAGUGGAGAAUUUUUUCUGUGAAAGGGUAACGGAUGGGUGGGAUUUCGGGGGGGGUGGGGGGGGGCAGAGGACAACCGAUAGUUGAUUAAUUUAUUAACAUGUUUGAUCAGAUGUGAUGAUAACGUAGUUUGUAUGCUUGGAAAUAUCUUUCGUUGUGAAUGGUAUUUUUGUCAAACGAUGUGUGUGGCAAAAUAUUUGAAGACCCAACAAAACAUUUGUGUGAAAAAUGAGAAGUUGUACAAAAAAAAAGUCUGUCUCAAUCUUUAACGUGAAACUUUGGAAAAGAUGAGGCAGGAUUGUAAUUUCUUGAGCUCAUUGUCCUAUCCUUGAGCUUUUAAUGCACUGAAACAUUUGGACCCCAUUUAUUUUCUUCUGCAAUUAAUUCAUCUGCUCAGCUGUGGCUGAGGGUUGAAAGAUGAAAAGGCCACAGUCUAUUUACUGAGCUGAAAGAUAUUCCAAUUAGAACACAUUUAGAGGGAGUUGAUUAGUUUUUUGGGGGGUAGGGUGGAUGAGGGAGGGGACUUAUUGUCUUUUGGUCAGAAUUUUUUUUUUUGUUUUUUGAUGAUGAAUAAAGUUUGACUGGAAGAAAAUGAA